AUGUUGGUCGAGAAAUACCUCGGCUUGGUGGCUGCUUCCGCAGCGGCUGUUUCAGGACUCUCUAUCCCGCGCUCUCCCGCGGAAACUGAGAAAAGAUACAUCCACGAGCAUGCCCGGCGUUCCGUCAACUCUACCUCGGAGUAUGAAUACGUCGUUGUUGGCUCCGGGCCUGGUGGUGGACCUCUCGCAGCUCGCCUUGCUCUAGCUGGCCAUAGUGUUCUGCUGAUCGAUGCUGGUGAUGACUACGGCAACACGACGGAACAGAUGGUCCCGGCUUUGAAUGCGUUCGCUACCGAGUACACUCCGAUGAAAUGGGAUUAUUUUGUGCACCACUAUGCGAACACUACCAGGCAACAACAGGAUUCCAAGAUGGUCUGGAGAACGGUCGAGGGUGACAAGUACGUCGGCAAGAAUCCGCCCGAAGGAGCCGAACCGCUGGGCAUCCUUUACCCACGCGCUGGAACCCUUGGUGGAUGCGGCUCGCAUAAUUCUCUGGUCACCAUCUAUCCGCACGAAAGCGACUGGAAGUAUAUCCAGGACCUGACAAACGACGAUUCAUGGUCUCCGAGCAACAUGAGGACAUAUUUCGAAAAACUGGAACGCAACCGCUAUCUUCCCAACUCCGUCAGCGGUCACGGUUUUAGUGGGUGGCUUGAGACCUCCCUGGCUGAUCUAUCCCCUGUCGCCACGGAUCAGAAGCUUCUCUCUUUGGGCAUUUCCGCUGCCAUGGCGAUGGGCCGAGGUCUCACUGGCAAAGUGAUCAGUACUGCGACAGAAUUUGCCCAAGCUCUCCUUACGGAUAUGAAUGCUCCCGGACCAGAGCGUGAUGCUACUGAGGGCCUGUACCGGGUUCCAUUGGCCAUAGAUGCAACCAACUCCAAAAGGAACGGACCUAGAGAGUUCAUCCUCGACGUGGCAAAUGCUGUCAACGUUGACGGCACCAGGAAAUACCACCUUGAUAUCAGCUUGAAUACUUUGGUGACCAAAGUCCGAUUCGACCAGUCGGGUCUUGUGCCAAAGGCAGUUGGCGUGGACUAUCUCAGUGGACAGAGCCUAUAUGCCGCUGAUCCUCGCUAUGCAGGAGCCGAAGGCAUUUCUGGAACUGUCAUGGCGAGCAAGGAAGUCAUCGUUGCUGCUGGCGCGUUCAACACCCCUCAACUACUCAAACUCAGUGGUGUUGGCCCGAGGGACGAGCUAGAGAAGUUCGGUAUUGACGUGGUGAAAGAGCUUCCAGGUGUUGGUACCAACAUGCAGGACCGCUACGAGAUGGGUCUUAUCUCACAGACUGAGACUGGUUCCCCUUUCAACGUCGUAAAGGAUUGCACCUGGCUUCAGUCGUCGCCUGACCCGUGCCUGGAACGGUGGAAAAAUGGCCCGACUACCGCACUAAAGGGAGUGUAUGCCAGCAGCAUUGGCCUCGCCGUUAUCAAGAAGAGUUCCGCUGCCGCUGAGAACGAUAAUCCCGAUAUCUUGAUCGCGGGUGGCCCAGUAAACUUUCCUGGCUACUAUCCCGGCUUCGCGCGCGGUACCUUUUCCGAUGCUAAACAUUGGACCUGGCUUAUGCUCAAAGGGCACUCACGGAACAACAAGGGCACCGUCAAGCUCCGAAGUGCGGACCCGCGUGAUGUUCCCGAGAUCACCUUCAACUCCUUCGACACCGGCAACACUGAAGACGGUGCAGACGAGAAAGACCUGCAGGCAACGUACGAGGCGAUGGAGAUGGCCCGGAAGAUGACCAAUGAGGUGAUUCCCCUGGACGGCUCCUUCACCGAGACGUGGCCGGGCGCCAAUGUGUCGACGGAGGCACAGAUGAAGCAGUUCAUCAAAGACGAGGCAUGGGGACAUCACGCGUCAUGCACCUGCCCGAUCGGAGCUGAUGGCGAUGAAAAUGCGGUGCUGGACUCGGAAUUCCGGGUGCGCGGAGUCAACGGUCUGCGCGUUGUUGAUGCAUCUGUGUUCCCUAAGAUCCCCGGUUUCUUCAUCUCAACGGCCAUAUACAUGGUCAGCGAGAAGGCGGCAGACGUGAUCAUCAACGGCCCGAAGGUGACAGACGUGCUUCCCCUUGGUAGCGUCUAA